AUGGCAUCUGAAGCCCAGAGUGUUAAAAAAAGAACUUAUUGUGAUACUAUGGAGGCCUAUUCCACCGGUCUUCCUAGAAAAAGGGUCUCUAAUUUUACUAAUAAGAACAUGAAGGAGGUUAAGAAAUCUCCAAAACAGUUGGCUGCUUACAUAAAUAGAACAGUUGGACAAGCUGUGAAAAGCCCAGAUAAACUACGUGAGGUGAUCUAUCGCAGAAUGCAUCAUCCUUUUCCAAAUCUUUGUUACAGAAAAAAACAGUCCCCUAGAAGUGCGGGCUGUGACAUGGCAAAAAAUGAACUGGCUUGUGCAGGCCACCCACCUGAAAAAUUACGCCAUGAUAGUCGAACAUACUUGCUUAACUCCAGUGAUUCUGGUUCUUCACAGACAGAAAGCCCAUCAUUAAAAUAUAGUGGGUUUUUCUCUGAGGUUUCUCAGGACCAUGAAACAAUGGCACAGGUUUUGUUCAGCAGGAAAGCUUUAACGUUCUGCAAAAAGAAAAGUAUAAGUGAGCUUGCAGCUUAUCUGGUGAGGAUAGAAGACCUUGGAAUUGUCAUGGAUUGCCUUCUUGUGCUCACCAGUAGUUUACAGAAGGAAAAACAAUACAUCUCACUUGGCUGCUGUGUAGAUUUGUUACCUCUGGUCAAGUCCCUACUUAAAAGCAAAUUUGAAGAAUAUAGAAUAGUUGCUUUAAUUUGGCCUCAGGCAGAAAUAAAAAGGUGGUGGUCAGAACUAUCAUCCAAAACAGAAACUAUAAAUGAUGGACAUAUUCAGAUUUUAAAGCAACAAUUAAGUGGACUAUGGGAACAGGAAAAUCACCUUACUUUGCUUCCAGGAUAUACUGGUAACAUAGCCAAGGAUGUAGAUGCUUAUUUAUUGCAGUUGCAUUGAGACACAGUCUACUAUAAAGAACAUU